GGCCGCAGGCCAACAGUGGACCGCGAGAACAAAAAUCAGGGCCGCAAACCUCUGUCCUCUUUAUUUAUUUAAUUUUAUUUCCACUUCUUUCCGCAGAGCUGACCAUUGCAUUGGAUAGACCACAUCAGCUCUAGAUUAUUAAAUGUGGUUUUCUGUGGGAAAGCAGAUAGCGACUACUGGAUGGCAUAUGUUACAUAUCAGAAACUUGAGCUGAUGUGGUCAGCUGAGUCAGCAGCCCGAAUAACCCCAGAAUGGCUGAACAAUGGAGACACCAAGGCGCCCCCGCUUCCAGGUGCCACAUGGAAGGGCUCCGCUCAGGGGGAGGGAGGAGGAGGAGAAGCAGCAGUCAGGAGGCUUGUUGUCGUGCUUUUUGUGCAUAGUUCCUGAUCUUAAUUGGGAAACAAGACCAGGAAUACUUAAGGAUCAAGAUUGUGGGCGGGGAUUUAAAAAGAAGAAUGCGUCACGGCCCGGAAGACUGUGCGGCGCAAGGCUUGUCGGGAAAUGCAGUCCAAGAGGCUGGGAAGAGAGGCGCCUGGGAACUGCAGCCAGGGGAAUGUUGGAGCUCCCACUCAAAGGCCCAGCUUCGCCCAUUUAGUCUGGGAAACCUUGUGGAGUGUCGCUCCUCAUCUUUUUCUGCCUCUGAAUAAUAUCUGUCCCAGGAUUGGGACUUGUAUGCCUUUUACAGCUACUUGGAACAGGAAUCAGUUCAACAGAAUUUAGUCAUGGAUAAGUUUGUUAUACGAACAUCCAAAACUGAAGGCCAACCAAAGAAGAAAGAAUGUGGAGAAAAAAAUUACAAGCAAGUCACUAUAGAGUCUCUGAAGAGAGUUGUGGUUGUUGAAGAUAUAAAAAGAUGGAAAACUAUGCUAGAGCUUUCAGCGCAGCCUAAGGAGAACUUAAUAGAGGCCUUAAUGGAAUUAAAGAAGAAAAUACCCUCUAAGGAAGUUUUACGUUCAACAAAAAUAGGUCAUACGGUUAAUAAGAUGCGGAAGCAUCCAGACAAUGAUGUUUCUGCUCUUGCCAAGGAGGUGUAUUCUGAGUGGAGGACAUUCAUUAAGGAUCAUUCAGACCGACCCUCUAUAGUAGUGAGGAGUGAUCCCAAAACAGAGACACUCAGGCAGAACGCACGGAAAAUGCUCGCUGAAGCUUUGGAGAUCGAGAUUGGGCACCCGCUGGCGGAAAAUAUUGAGCGAGAAGCUUUUCAUCUCUCUUCCCGUCUCAUUAAUGCACCCUACCGCAGGACCGUGCGAGCGCUCGUAUUCGCUUUAAAGCACAAGCCUGAAACUCGUACACAAGUGCAAAGUGGCACACUGUCACUUAACACGUUUGUGCAAAGCCACAAAAAGUAACUAAAAUGCUUGAUGCAGAAGGGAGCUGUGUGGCUGGCCGAAGCAUAUCAUGUAACAAGAAAUGAUGCCUCUUCUCUUUCUUGGAUGAGUAGGAUAAUACUAAUCAUGUAAUAGUCUUUGUAUUGGAAUAAUGUAACAUUCUGAGAAAUCUUUUGGGCCAGUACUUAUGUGAUGUAAGAGGUGGUGUACACUUUGGAGAGUACAUAGGAAGGGGAAAGGAAAUCUUUAUAUUAUAGCAGCAUGGAAAGUAACUAAUUGAAAAGUGAGCUAAUCAUUUGGAGGCAAAAUCUGUUCCUCUGCAAAUAAGGUAGAGCCUUACAGGGUCUGCUUCAAAGAAACACUGGAGCCAAAUGCAAUGGGACCACAAUCAGCUUAUAAAUGGAAGGCCGCCAGCAUAUAAGACAUCUUCCUUUAACAUGUACUAUGCGUUCAUAUCACGUCAUAUCAAACUCUCUAAGCAUAUCCAUUCUUCAGUUCACAGUAAUAUAUUUUUUUAAAAAAAUAAAGUAAAACAAACUUAUUUUGGAAUACAGUUUACUAUGUGGAAAUAGCCCUUUCGAGAGAUUGUUUCCCCAACAAAGGCAAACACCGUUAGCAAUAAAAUCUAGUAAUGAUUUUGAAAUCUUUUAACAUUUAAAAAAAAUCUUAUUUGUAAUGAUACGAAUGUUAAUGAAUUCAAUCACAUUCCCCCAAAGUCUUGUGUUUUAAUUCUGUAUUAAUUCUAUAUAAUAUAUGUAUGGUUAAGGCAGUACUGAUUUUAGGAACAACUCAGUGCAUGAACUUCCUAACAGGCAAUAUUCAUAAUGGAAAGCAAAAGAAGGAGUCAACAUAGGAAGAGUGAAAAUAAAGCAAGAAGUUAGGAAAGGAAAACUUAACAUCAAACAAUUACUGGGAUUUUCACAAAUUCUUUAAAUUAUUUUUGACGCUUUCAUAGAUAAUCUUGAGGAUAGUGUUAUUUCAAGGCAGUGUUUGCUAAUGUUCUAAAAACUGAAAGAUGACCAUAGAGAGACCUAGUUUUGUAAGAGUUUUUCCUAAAAAUGUUUCGCUUCUCUCAAAUGCUAUGAUAGGUAGAAAGAACAUCUAGAAAUAACUGGCUAGAAGGCAAGAGGGAUUUGCAUUCAGGGUGGAUUGUUUUAAUUAUCAUGUAUAUGAACUGUUGAGAGGAAAGAACAAGGAUGCAGGCACAGUGCCAUAAAACCAGUGUAACAGGCUCAUAUGUUAAUAGUUUCAUUUGUUAAGUGUAACAAGUCAUAUGUAAAAUAAAGAGAAGUUUAAUUUAAAAUAAUAAUAAUAAUUCAAGCCA